AGCAGUUCGAGUCUUCCAAUAAUAGCUCCACUGCGGCAUUGAGUUAUCAGUUGUUAGUUUAGUAUUACAUUUUACAAUCGGGCUAUAGACCCGUCUAAUGCCUCAUGAAUCGUCACUGCAGUAAAAAUAAAAAGUGGGGAGAGCACGUGAAUCUGGUCCACGCUGAUUUUUUUUUAGUGCGUGAAAAAUUAACUAUAUUUUUUCAGGCCGUCUAAUAAUUUGUCUAGGUAAAAAUGUAUUUGAACGCGGAUUUCACGAUCGGUCAUAAUGGCAGCCUACAUUUUGGUCUUUACAUUGGAGAUCUUUAAGCAUUUUGAACGACGAACCGUUUGGGAACCAAAUAUACUGGCUCUUUUACGUGAACAGCCAAAUUAUGUCAUAAUUUUGAAUAACUAAUUGAAUGUGAAUAAUAAUGUUGAUCCAUAUUUGUGUUAAAGGGUUGUGGUUAUGGUGAAGACAAAACUAAAACUAUCCUGCAAUGUCAGAAUAUAUCAAUAGUUGACGUGCGGGUGGGGUUAGAAUCGACGCAGCUCAACCUUCGGGGCCGAGAGCGGGAGCGAACGAUCGUACGGAGAGUCAUCAGGGUUAAAAUAUUCUGCCUUGGGGGUGGGGGGGUGGGGGAGGACAUACUAUUGCCAAGCCGGCGACGAGAUUGGGCCUGUGGUGCCUGCAACCCAGCAAAACAUGGAGCUCGAGAAUAUCGUGGCAAACACCGUCCUGUUGAAAGCAAGAGAAGGAGGGGGUGGAAACAGAAAAGGAAAAAGCAAGAAAUGGAAACAGAUGCUUCAGUUUCCCCACAUCAGCCUGUGUGAGGAGCUCCGGGAAACUACAGAGAAAGACUACAUCAGCAUUUGUGAGCGGCAGCCGAUCGGACGCACGCUCUUUCGGCAGUUCUGUGAAACCCGGGCUGAGCUGAGACGUUGUGUCAAAUUUCUGGACGCUGUGGCAGAGUAUGAGGUCAGUCCAGAUGAGAAGAGGAGGGAGUGUGCUCAGGAGCUCCUAGACAAGUACUUCAGCCCAAAGUCAGAGGAUCACAUUCCUGAGUUGGAGGAGGACAUGGUGGGUCAGUUUACAGAGAGGCUGGAGCAGGAGCCCUGUAAAGAACUCUUCAAUGAGUGCACCAGACUGAUCCAUGACUACCUGAGUGUGGCUCCCUUCGCAGACUACAUCGACAGCAUGUACUAUAACCGAUUCCUGCAGUGGAAGUGGCUGGAGAGGCAGCCAGUCACUAAGAACACAUUCCGACAGUACAGGGUAUUAGGGAAGGGAGGCUUCGGUGAGGUGUGUGCGUGCCAGGUGCGUGCCACGGGGAAGAUGUACGCAUGUAAGAAGUUGGAGAAGAAGAGGAUCAAGAAGAGGAAAGGAGAGUCCAUGGCCUUGAAUGAGAAGCAGAUUCUAGAGAAAGUCAACAGUAGGUUUGUAGUGAGUCUAGCAUACGCGUAUGAGACAAAGGACGCUCUGUGUCUAGUGCUGACUCUGAUGAACGGGGGAGACCUCAAGUUCCACAUCUAUCACAUGGGAGAGGCCGGCUUCGAGGAGAAGAGGGCUGUGUUCUACUCUGCAGAGCUGGCCUGUGGCCUGGAGGACCUGCACAGAGAGAGGAUCGUCUACAGGGACCUGAAGCCUGAAAACAUACUAUUGGAUGACCAUGGUCAUAUCCGGAUAUCAGACCUGGGCUUGGCAGUCCACGUUCCCGAGGAAGAGACCAUCAAGGGUCGGGUGGGCACUGUAGGGUACAUGGCUCCAGAGGUGGUGAAGAAUGAGCGCUACACAUUCAGCCCAGACUGGUGGGCGCUGGGCUGUCUGCUGUAUGAGAUGAUCGAGGGCCAGUCUCCCUUCCAGCAGCGCAAGAAGAAGAUCAAACGUGAGGACGUGGAGAGGCUGGUCAGAGACGUGGAGGAGGAGUACUCAGACAAGUUCUCAGAGGAUGCCAAGUCCCUCUGCAAAAUGCUGCUGGCUAAAGAGCCCAGUGAGAGGCUGGGCUGCCAGGGGGAGGGGGCUACGGAGGUGAAGGCCCACCCCAUCUUCCGAUCCAUCAACUUCAAGAGGCUGAAAGCUGGCAGGCUGAAGGCCCCCUUCACCCCUGAUCCCCAGGCCAUUUACUGUAAGGACGUGCUGGACAUUGAGCAGUUCUCCACGGUCAAGGGGGUGGAGUUGGAGCCCAAAGAUGACUCAUUCUACUGUAAAGUGUCCACAGGCAGCGUGUCCAUCCCCUGGCAAAUGGAGAUGAUUGAGUCCGAGUGCUUUCAGGAGCUCAACGUGUUUCAUACGGAUGGGACAGUUCCCCCGGACCUGGACUGGAGAGGACAGCCCUCGCCUGCUCCUAAACAGGGGCUGCUACAGAGGCUUUUUGGGAGACAGGUUAGAUCCUCAACCUUAUUAAAGCUAGAACAUCAGCGUUGUGUGUGUCAUCGAUUCUAGAUUAUAUUUUAUACUUGAUUUGUUAGGUCUCUGUAUGUUUUGGGCUGUAGGUGUAUGGAUUCUUAUUGACUAUGGGUAUUUUUUGAUAAACCAGAAUGCACCUAUUGUAGCACAAUGUACUACAUCACCCAUAAUGCUCUCUGUAAGAUAUCACAACGAGCAGUAUGGGUACUGCAGUACAUCAUAUCAAAUAUAGCCCUUUUGACAUCAGCAGAUGUCACAAAGU